AACUCCCUUACAUUCACCCACAAUCCCCCGAGAGAAAGAGAAAAAGAGAGAAGAAAAAACCAAUGAGGCCUCUCAUCCCUCUCUCUCACACUACCAUCCUCUCUCUCCUCCUCAUUUCCUCCAUUGCCAAGGCUUCCAUCCUCGAAGAAACUUGCAAGAGCGUCGCGGCAGCCCGCCCCAACAUCGGCUACGAAUUUUGCGCGACAUCUCUCCGAGCGGAUCCAGGAAGCAGCUCCGCAGAUCUCCAUGGUCUCGCGGUCAUCGCGACGAGAUUGUCCCUGGCCGAUGCUACAAACACGGAAUCCAGAAUAAAUCAGCUGAUGGUGGUGGAGUCCAAGAAGCCUUUCUUAAAAGACUGCCUCAGCGUUUGCUCAGAAGUGUACUCGGAAGCGAUCGACCACUUGAACGACGCCAGCCGCAACCUGGAAGCCAGGCUCUACCGCGAGGCCGUGACAUUUCUUAGCGCAGCACUCGACGCGCCUGAUAACUGUGAGGAUGCGUUCAGCGAUGCCGGCAGUGGGGGGUUGUCGCCGCUGGCGAGGGAGGAUGAGGAUUAUGGCAGGCUUGCUGACGUUGCUCUAACCAUCACCGCGUCUCUGGGAUGAGUGAUAGAUCCUCUUUGCUUGCUUGCAUGGUUUGUUAAUUGUUGUUGAUCGUUUGUUUGGGCAUGUUGUUACGAGAAUCCUUCUACAGAGAAAAUUUCAUCAAAUAAAAAAUAUUUAAAACACAGUUUUGAUAAAUU